AUGGGUCAACCAAAGAAAAAAUGUAGACAAUAUAAUAUCGAAUAUUUGAAAUAUGGCUUUAUUGAAUUGCCUGUCUACAAUACAUUACCAAUGUGCCUGAUUUGCCAGAAAGUUUUAUCAAAUGAAGCUAUGAAACCUUACAGACUACAAGAACAUUGGAGUAAAAUUCAUGGUGAUAAAAAAGGUAAGGAUUUAUAUUAUUUUUGAACACUAAAAGAAAAAUUUAACCAACAACUAACUUUGACAAAACUGUUUUCAAGCACAACCACGCAAGAUGGCGAUGGCUUACUUGCUUCUUACAAUAUUUCAUUAAUGAAUGCCAAAUUGGGAAAACCUCAUACUACUGGUGAAGAACUAACUAUACCAGCUAUAAGUAUUGUGCUACACAAGCCAGCAUCUGAUAUUAUCAAGAAAAUUUCGUUGAGUAAUAAUAUAGUACAAAGAAGAACUGAUGAAAUGGCUCAAGAUAUUGAAGAUUCAUUGUGUGGAUAUUUAAAAACAUCUUGGUUUUCUAUUCAACUAGAUGAGUCAACUUUGCCAGGAAAUGAAGCUUUACUUUUAGCAUUCAGCGUCACAAAGGAGGAACAAAUUUGCCAAGAAUUAUUUGCAAAAUAUUUGCAAACUGAUACUAAAGGAGAAUCAAUAUUUCAUGCAUUAGAUGAGUUUUUUAAAGAAAAAGAAAUACCUCUGAGUAAUAUCUUAUCAAUAGCCACAGAUGGUGCUUCAGCAAUGGUAGGGUGCUACAGAGGUUUUCUUGCAUAUUUAAAAAAGGAAGUGCUGAAUGCAUUCACAGUACACUAUAUCAUACAUUGUCAAUAUCUAGUUGCCAAAAAUUUAAGUGCAUGCCUACAUAAUUCAUUACAAUAUGUAAUUAAACCUAUCAAUAAAAUCAGAAGCAAAUCAUUGAAUGACAGAUUAUUUAAACACCUUUGUAUUGAACACGAUGAAGAAUUUAAUCGUUUGCUGCUUCAUACAGAAGUUUGUUGGUUGUCAAAGGGUGCCUAUUUAGAUAGGUUUUAUAAACUGUUUAACUUGGUGCUGAAGUUCUUGAAAGAUAAAAAUGAUGCUUUACAAUCCAAUUUAAUUCGUUCCCAAAGUGACAUUGCUUACUUGACAGACUUCUUUCAAAAAUUUAAUGAAAGCAAUCUUCAGCUUCAAGUUUAUGAAGGGAAUUUAAUAAAAACAAAAUCUGUUAUUUCUGCAUUUGUGACAAAACUUCUUCUGUACAAAUGA